CGCGGCCUGGGUGCCACGCUGUCAACAGCUUUCACGGCAAGAAUGGGUGUGCCCAGGGCAGGGGCGCUAACCGUCAGCCCCAAGAGGAGGAAGACUAAGCCUUGGGUCUGCAGCAACCGCCAGGGCCAGGGUCGGGGCCGACCUCACGCCCCGGGCCCCGCCCCCAAGUUUUACAAUCCAGGCCCGGGCGCCACGUGCUGGCUCCACGUUUGCGCUCUAGUUAAGGGCUUUGUCACUUUCCCACUGUAUUGCCACCAAGCGGACAAUUACACCGCUUCUGACCUCGCUUUGGUGAUGCGAGGACGAAUGGGUGACCACGUAUUCUUCGCAGCCAGCUUUCGCCUACACCUGCUAACUGCCACCUUUAAAAUUAAAAAUAAGCAAGGCCACAAGUACAAAAAACAAAACGCGUGCGCGCGAGAACCAGCGCAUACAUAAGCGGCACCAGUACCAGGGCACAGCCAGUACCAGGUUGGUGGUUUCCCUUUACCGGUCGCCAGAGCACCCUAAUCCCUCUGCGCACCUGCGCGCUGCUCCGCACCUCGAUCUCCAGCCAACGCCGCUCUCGGCGGCAGGGGAAGCUGAUGUGGCAGCCAGAAUGCCUUGUGGAUCCACGUGGGUUUAAGGGAACAGAGAGCUACCGCAGUCGAAAUGGCCCUGGUGCCCUAUGACGAGACCGCGGUAGUGGGGUUGCAGCGAUUCCACAAGCCUCUUGCCACCUUCGCCUUUGCAAACCACACGAUCCAGAUCCAACAGGACUGGAGGCAGCUGGGAGUCGCAGCCGUGGUUUGGGACGCGGCUGUCGUUCUUUGCACGUACUUGGAGAUGGGAGCUGUGGAGCUCAGGGGCCGCUCUGCCGUGGAGCUGGGUGCUGGCACAGGGCUGGUGGGCAUAGUGGCGGCCCUGCUGGGUGCUCAUGUGACUAUCACGGACCGAAAAGUAGCAUUAGAAUUUCUUAAAUCAAAUGUUCAAGCCAACUUACCUCUCCAUAUCCAACCCAAAGCUGUUGUUAAGGAGCUGACUUGGGGACAAAACAUGGGGAGUUUUUCUCCUGGAGAAUUUGACCUGAUACUUGGAGCUGAUAUCAUAUAUUUAGAAGAAACAUUCACAGAUCUUCUUCAAACUUUGGAACACCUCUGUAGCAACCGGUCCGUGGUUCUUUUAGCUUGCCGAAUUCGCUAUGAAAGGGAUAACAACUUCUUAGCAAUGCUGGCGAAGCAAUUUACUGUGAGUAAGGUUCACUAUGAUCCUGAAAAAGAUGUACAUAUUUACAAGGCACAGAAGGGAAACCAGAGGGAGGGCUUAUAGUUGGCUGGAAUUAGUAAGAAUGUCGGCGUUAAGGGUGGCAGGGCUUCAGACUGGGAAUCUAACCACUUAAUGAAAUGGCUUAUGGUACAAGAGUCUAACCAAAGGUUCUCAAGGGACAAAGGACAUGUGCAGUUUUAAACAGAGCAGCACAUUGUCCCAUUACUGUGACUUUUUAGUCAUAUUUUACUCACGCUGAAACUCAAUUGACAUUAAAGGAAAGUGUGAGAUUUCAGUUUAUAUUAUUUCUGUAUCCCAUUUGCUCCCUCUUGAUAACCAGUUUUCACUGAUGAUAUGAUGAAGGCAUCUUCAAAGCAGUGAGGUUGUUUUGUUUUAGAGGCUAAAUCAUGCAAAUUAUUUUAAACACAUUCUGAGAUAUACGUUUAGCCCAUUUUCCUGAUUUUCUGAAUAUAAAACAACAGGUUUAACCUACAUUCCCUGAGCUGUUAAUGCUCUUGAAAUCUUUUGUCUGCCCAAUUAGGUCUUAAAUGCUUUUGGUUGUUUUGAGAUUAGAAUGUGAGUUUUCUAAGGUCUCAUACCAUGUUUUUUGGCUUAAUUUCAGAUUUACGUAUAUAAACAAAGGAAUAAGUAAAAAUAAAGUUUUACUCUCUGAAAGCACCUAAAAUCUUGUGCUGUGAAUAGGUUAUCUUCUUCAAAUCAAAAGCUGUAGUUUUUCCCUUCGGUUUUCCCCUUUCUCAAGUAUUUUUAUACUUCUUUCUUAGGCUUUCCCUGCCUCCUUAUAAUCCUUAUAAUGCAUAGAAUGACAAUUAAAAUAAAUUUUAAAUCUCACUUCUCUAUGAGAGGUUAGCUCCCCAAGUAUAAGCCCCUCCCAUAUUGUACUUGUAAUUGCUUAUUCAGUGUUUGAAUUCCCCCGAUUGUAAGCUGCUUGAGGACCAGGAAUGCUUCUUCCUCUUUCAUUGUGGCCUCCCCAGUAUCUAGCAUAUCAUAACCAAAUAUUUGUUGAAUGAAAAAGAUACAUUUCAUUUAGAGGGUAUUGAUCUUUGCAUUAGAUGAUUGCUACACUGUUUCAUCAUUAUCUUGGAUGGACUUUAUGAAGGAAGUCACACACACCACACCCUUCCCCCAUUUCUUGUUGUUAACGAUGUAAAAGCUUAAACAACAGCUUAAACAAAUUUAGACCACAAGAAUAUUAUAAUCUCAGUAUGGCAUUUGAUAGUAGAGAUAAUUUGCUUUGUAAAACAUUAGAAACAAGACCUCCUUCUCCUUCUUAACCUUUUAAUGAAUACCUUGGAUGUGGAAAUACUUACGUCAUAAUUUUCUGCACUAUAUUUUAAAUAGUGGAUUUACUUUAAUAAAGGUUAAUUAAAAGUUCUGAGCAUUCAGUGACGUAUCAUUUCAACCCAAUUUUGAUAAAUGCACAUGAAAUAGAAAUAUCCAUAGCUUACCAAAUCUAUAAAAUACCAUGAAUAUGGAAGGUCUUUUAAAACAAGUAAAAUAAAAGCCCUGCUAUGUCAUCAUCAACACUGUAACGAAAGGCCAAUCCCAUGUAGGCAUGUUAUUAGAAAUAAAUAUAUUAACUGGAAUUCAGCUCCUUUACUUUAAAAUCCCUAACUUUGGAGAUAGGUAUUAAAAUGGUUUGGGGAUAGGGUAGGGAUGGAGAGCUUCAAGAUACCUGGAUUCUCUACCACAUGAAGCAAGCAGUCAUUGGGUUGUUUUACAUUUUCAUAAAAUAUUAACUAAGAAUACUGCUGCCAGAAAAGGUUGAAGGUACCUUUUUUUUUCUUGUCCUAAUAGAAGAAAAUAAAGGCAAGAAAAAUUUAGCAGGAAUUGUUUGGUUGUCUAAGUGAAAAUCAAGUGAUUUCUUUUUUUUUCUUUGGCUUUGAGUUUAAAAUGUUGUCACAGGUCAGGUUCCCUGAGGAAACGGACUCAGAAAUGGAGGUUAGGGUACAGAAAGUUUAAAUGGGACUACUUUCAAAAUCAACAUCUCUGAAGGAGUAAAAAUAGCAGGUCUGGGAAAGAAGGAGAAAUUGGACUGGAAUGCAGUCAGAAAUCCUCAGCUAAUUCAGAGAUGGGAUGGCCCUGCAUUAAGGCAAGGGAGUGGGACUUUACAUCCCUGUGUAGGUUUUUUUAUUGGAUCCAAGGGGUAUAAAUUUAGGGUGAAGACAAUACCUAGAGAGGGACUCAGC